UCGAACGGGCGUCGUUGUCCAGGUCGGCCAUGGCUGAGGCGUCACGGUGGCACCGAGGCGGGACUCCGAAACAUAACCUGCAUUACAGUAAGGAAGUAGAAAUUAGAACCACACUUCAGGAGUUGGCACUCUACUUUAUUUUUUUAAUAAACCUAUGUAUAUUGACUUUUGGGAUGGUAAACCCACAUAUGUAUUACUUAAACAAAGUUAUGUCAUCUCUAUUUUUGGACACUUCUGUGCCUGGUGAUGAAAGAACCAACUUUAAGUCUAUUCGCAGCAUAACUGAUUUUUGGAAGUUUAUGGAAGGACCCCUUUUGGAAGGUCUGUACUGGGAUGAAUGGUACACUAACAAGACGCUGUAUGAUUUAAAGAAUACCAGUCGCAUCUACUAUGAGAACAUACUUUUAGGAGUCCCCAGAGUCCGUCAACUAAAAGUCCGCAACAACACAUGCAAGGUCUAUUCAUCCCUUCAGUCUUUGAUGAAUGAAUGUUAUGACAGAUACACUUCUAAAAAUGAAGACCUGGCUGAUUUUGGCCUUAAGGUGGAAACUGAAUGGAAGUACGCUACUCCUGAUAGUACCUCCCCUUGGCACUGGGGAUUUGUUGGUGUUUACCGAAAUGGGGGAUUUAUUUUCACUUUAUCAAAAUCAAAAUCUGAAACAAAAAACAAGUUUAUUAACCUUCAGCUGAACAGCUGGAUCACAAGAGGGACUAGAGUUAUUUUUAUUGAUUUUUCAUUAUACAAUGCUAAUGUAAACCUGUUUUGCAUAAUCAGAUUGGUGGCAGAAUUCCCUGCAACUGGAGGAAUAAUUACUUCAUGGCAGUUUUACUCUGUGAAGCUCCUCAGAUAUGUUAGCUACUAUGAUUAUAUCAUUGCUUCCUGUGAAAUCACAUUUUGUAUUUUUCUUAUUGUCUUCACAACACAAGAAGCCCAAAAAGUUAGAGAAUUUAAGUCAGCCUAUUUCAAAAGUGUUUGGAACUGGCUAGAAUUACUACUUUUGGUGUUGUGUUUUGUGACUGUUUCCUUCAACAUAUACUGUAAUAUACAAAUUUUUCUCUUACUUGGAGACUUGUUAAAAAAUACUGAAAAAUAUUCAGACUUCUAUUUUCUUGCAUACUGGCACACUUACUACAACAAUAUAAUCGCUGUCACCAUCUUUUUUGCAUGGAUAAAGAUAUUCAAAUUCAUAAGUUUUAAUAAGACAAUGUCUCAGCUGUCAUCAACCUUGUCCUGCUGUAUCAAAGACAUAGUAGGAUUUGCCAUCAUGUUUUUUAUAAUAUUCUUUGCUUAUGCUCAGUUAGGAUUUCUUGUUUUUGGAUCACAAGUUGACGACUUUUCCACUUUUCAAAAUGCCAUAUUUACACAAUUUCGAAUUGUUCUUGGAGAUUUUAAUUUUGCUGGCAUUCAGCAAGCCAAUCGUAUCCUGGGACCCAUUUACUUCAUCACUUUCAUCUUUUUUGUGUUCUUUGUCCUGCUGAACAUGUUCUUGGCAAUUAUUAAUGAUACUUAUUCUGAAGUGAAAGCUGAUUAUUCAAUAGGCAGAAGGCCAGAUUUUGAACUUGGUAAAAUGAUUAAAAAGAGUUACAACAAUGCUCUCGAAAAACUCAGACUAAAGAAACCUGAAGAGGGAGAAGACGAAAAAAGUGCGAAAAGCGGAGAUUUAGUUGAGCGAGCCAGAAGAGAAGGCUUUGAUGAAAAUGAGAUUCAAAGUGCAAAGCAGAUGAAAAAGUGGAAAGAGAGGCUUGAGAAAAAGUAUUAUUCUGCAGAAAUUCAAGAUGACUACCAGCCUGUCACUCAACGGGAAUUUCAAGAACUCUUUUUAUAUGCCGUGGAGCUGGAGAAAGAAUUACACUAUGUCAGUCUAAAACUAAACCGAGUGAUGAGAAAGAUUUCAACUCUACAACCUUGAGAGAAGUGCAGUCAUUCUGUAAGAAAAAGGCAACCGAAGAAUUCAAUGUGAAGAUGUUCCUCUCAAUUUUCUUCAGUAAUUAAAAAAAAAUAAUAAAAAUAAAGUUGGUG